AUGAUGGGGUUGUCGCCAUCUAUGAGGUCAAUUUCUAUCCUCGUCUUAUUGAUAAAUUUACCAACACACAAAAUGGAAUUUCAGGUUGUGCACCUUACUUACUGGCUUAAGGCAAUAUUUGCCAUGCUAUCAACAUACGUCGUCAGCCUAGUGUUUUACAGAGUCUUUUUUCACCCGCUGGCGAAUUACCCCGGGCCUUUUUUGGCCAAAGUGUCGAAUGCAUAUAUGCUAUACUACGCCUGGAAAGGCGAGCGGCAUAUUGAGUUUUGGAGACUACACGAGAAAUAUGGUAACGCUGUGCGGUUCGCCCCCAAUAGCCUCUCAUUCAACAGUAAUUCUGCGCUCAAGGAGAUAUAUGGCUUCCGAGCCAAUGUGCGCAAAUCAGAAUUCUACGACGCAUUCGUUCAUCCGGCACCCAACACCCAUAACACUCGUGAAAAAGAUAUUCAUGCUCGCAAGAGAAGGGUUCUGUCACAGGCGUUCUCGGACGGGGCAAUAAAAGAAAUGGAGCGGUACAUUCUUGCCAACAUACGCAUAUUUUGUGAUGAGAUCGGAUGUGACGCGAGCCACAGCUUUGCGAGCAGUCAGGAGUGGUCUUCCCCGAGAAACAUGGCCGAUUGGUGUAACUACCUCGCCAUGGACAUUCUGGGCGACUUGUGUUUUGGAAAAGCGUUUCGCAUGCUGGAGUGUCCAUACGCCAUCAACCUGGUUGGUAUCGCUGCACAGAGACAUCUUCUUUGUGGAACUAUGCCGAUCAUUGACAGGCUCGGCCUCGACAAAGUCCUCUUCCACAGAAUCUCAGAAGGAAGGGCCAAAUAUAUGGAAUAUAGUCGCGCCCAGCUCGGCAUACGGACAAAGCUUGGAGACGAGGCCGACCGCCGUGACUUUUUCUACCACCUGCUUAAAAGCCCGAGAUCCCGAGACGGGGGCCGGGUUCAUAUCAUUGCUGGUUCAGACACGACUUCGACGGCGAUGGCAGCCACAUUGUUUUAUCUGACCCGAAAUACAAUGGUAUUGGCCCGCGUGACUAGGGAAGUGCGCAGUGUCUUUUCUACUGUGGAGGACAUUCGCCAAGGCUCUCAGCUUACAGGCUGCACUUACCUUCGUGCCUGCAUUGACGAGGCUAUGCGACUUUCACCAUCUGUUGGCGGUCUGCUACCACGCGAGGUGCUCGCAGGUGGCAUCCAGAUCGGCACCGACCUGAUUCCUGAGGGCACAGUAAUCGGCACACCACACUAUGCAAUUCACCACAAUACUGAAUACUUUCCUGAGCCAUUUUCUUAUCUUCCAGAACGAUGGGCUAAAGUUUCAACCGAAGAGGAGGUCAGCCGUGCCCAGUCAGCGUUUUGUCCGUUUAGCAUCGGCCCCCGUGGCUGUAUAGGUAAGGGGCUAGCAUACGUCGAGAUGACCACUGCGUUAGCCCGGGUACUGUUCCUUUAUGAUAUGCAACGUGCCGUUGGGAUCGUGGACCCAGGCGAGGGCAACCCACAUGCGGCAUGGGGACGCCACCGGCCGGAAGAGUUUCAGCUAGUGGAUACAUUUACUAGCCUGAAGAAUGGGCCUAUGAUCGAAUUUCGUGCCCGGAUGCAUACAUCUUGA